AUGACUACAGCACUCUUGCAGUCAUCUCGCUCAAAUGCGCAUUCGUUUAAUGCUCACGCUUCAGUACUUUCGCAAGACAGAACUCAAACACCCGUCCUAGACGCGACGUCGUCUUCCUUUUACUCGUUUCAGAGCACUACUCAAUCGGCAACUCAACCUCGACUCCUUUACCGUGGUUCUCUUUCCCUACCGCACUCUCACCUUCUUCUCGAUGGACUUACUUUUACCAUCGCUUUGCCUUCUGAUGAUCCGAGCUCGAGUCGUACGCUUCUUGAGACGCCGCUUCCUCUGGCACUUGAGAGUAUGCGAGGCCGACCUAGUCUGCGCUUCAGUGGGGUUGUGAAGAUGGAAGACAUUUGUUGGGAGGAUGGAGAACGUGUCAAUCUCCACGUUCAUCCGCGGUGCAUCCUCACGCGUCAGUUAUUCGAACAAACGCUAUGUUCUACUCCCGUCUCUUCUACAAAGGGUCACACAGACUCAGGGAUACGAAUUUCUCUCGGAGACACGUCCAACGCAAAUGCAAACAACGAUAUCGCCGUAUUCGGAUGUCCACAUCCAUCGUCCUCCAUCAUGCAACUUUGUGUCGCACGUAUCCUCCCCACACUACCGAAACCCACGCUUCUCGGUCGACUACCCAGUGACAAACUGCAACAAAUGAGGCCUCCACGUCCAGAUGACCCAACUCCCCGUAAACCACCUGCGGGAUUUGCUGGCAUAGCACGUGUUGGACUUGGCAUGAAAAGGACCGCGAGUAUGAAGUUCAAAGACAUAGAAAAGGAGAAAGGCGACAAUAAUGGAACUGAGGUUGACUCAAAUAAUCGUAUGACAAAGGACAAGGAAUCGACAGGCUCGAAAGAGGGUACUUUCAAGAUCCCGGCUUUACCACCUGGGAAAGCUCGGCAGGUAAUCGACGUAGACAUAUUUGACGCUCCAAUGGACGUCGAGGAAGUACCAAAACGCGCUUCAGAUCUAGAGACUCGAAACAAAACAUUCAUCAAGAAAGCUACCGUCCGCCUCAUGUCCGCUGCAGGUAUCAGCAAAAUAAAUCCAUCAUUCAAAGAUUUCUUCAACCAGGUGUACCACGGCACUUCGUUCGCACUGCGAUCGAAACUGAGUGUGUCGAACUUCGACAGUGAUUCGAAAGAAGCAGAGCUCGUCGAUCGGGUCGUCCAAGCGCAUAUUACACUGUACUUGGGAGGGUUAGGUGUUGGCGUCUUACUCUUGCAACAGCAAUAA